CACGCAAUUUCCUUCUCGGUGUGGGUUCAAAAAUACUUUAUUCUCAUUAACAGACAGACUAAAGAAAAACCAAGACAUCAAUAUGGACGGCAACUGGUCGUACCACAUCGGACUGAGGUCCUCCAAUCUGACUAACAGUACAGUGAAUCUUCAAGAAAGCUUUGAGAUUGAUUUGGAAGAUACUAAUUGGAUUUUGACUUCUUCUUUCAUCAUCUUUACUAUGCAGACUGGUUUCGGAAUGUUGGAAUCGGGGUGUGUGUCCAUAAAGAAUGAAGCCAACAUCAUGAUGAAGAACUUGGCUGAUAUUUCACUCGGAGGUCUGACAUACUGGAUAUUCGGCUACGGCAUGUCAUUUGGCCAAGGUCCCUUCUCGAACCCUUUCAUAGGUACGGGGGACUUCUUAGUGGACCCCCCGGUGGGCGAUGCUCUCAUGGGUCCAGUCUUCGCUUCAUUUCUGUUCCAACUCUCUUUUGCUACUACCGCUACUACCAUUGUCAGUGGCGCUAUGGCUGAAAGGACGGACUUCAAAGCAUAUUGCUUAUUUUCGUUCCUAAACACGAUCGUGUACUGCGUGCCGGCCGGCUGGGUGUGGGGCGACCACGGAUUUCUCAACAAGCUGGGGGCCGUCGAUAUCGCUGGAUCCGGCCCUGUCCAUCUCAUCGGAGGCUCAUCUGCAUUCGCAUCCGCAUUAAUGCUAGGUCCCCGCCUCGGUCGAUAUGCGCGAGGCACCGCUCCAUUACCUUUGGGUAGCCCAGUCAAUGCUGUAAUGGGGACUUUUGUGCUGUGGUGGGGCUGGUUGGCUUUCAACUCAGGUAGCACUUAUGGUGUAAGUGGCGCAAAGUGGCAGUAUGCAGCGCGAGCAGCUGUCAUGACCAUGAUGGGUUCCUUCGGUGGAGGCUGCUUUGGACUUUUUUUCACAAUGAUCAAAAACAAAGGCAAAGCUGACGUGAUGGAGCUCAUAAACAGCAUACUUGGAUCCCUUGUUUCUAUCACUGCCGGCUGCUUCCUCUAUCGCGCUUGGGAAUCAUUAUUAAUAGGUCUUAUUGGCGGAGCCAUAGCAAGUGCCACCACACCACUUUUUGACAAAAUGCAUGUGGACGACCCCGUGGGGGCUUCAGCUGUUCAUGGCGCUUGUGGUUUGUGGGGAGUAAUAGCUGUCGGUUUGUUCGCUGAUAAUCCAAUUCCAAUGGACACUACUAAUGGAAGAUCAGGAUUGUUUAAAGGAGGAGGCUGGUACCUCUUAGGCGUCCAGACACUGACUGGUAUCUGCCUUAUGACCUGGGGAGCCCUGGUCACGAUGGCACUGCUGUGGUUUAUUGACAAAAUCCUACCUAUCAGAAUGGAUCCAUACGAAGAAUUACUAGGCGCCGAUCUUUGCGAACACAGGAUACGGCACGGACAGGUGGGAGUAUCCCGUGCAGUGUCAGCUCUCCGUCCAUACCAUCGGUCUAACAGCAUAGAUGAGGUCGGCGGUAUUGGCGUCAAUACAGGCCACAGUUUGAUUGUUGAUAAGCUUUACGAGGCUCACUUCAAACAGAAGAACAUCAAGGGCAAAUCAAAGGUCAUGUCUACUAACGCAUUUACCUACGAAAACCCUAGUCAAGUGCAACCAGAGACAAAAAGAUUUAAACACGGUUUCUUAAACAAACGCCCAGGCAACCCAGAUAACGAAUUACAUAGAACCGUCGACGCCAUCUCUGAAGAAAUUAACAAACCAAAUUUCGUUUUUCCGGUUAACAAAAGCAGGAAGAACGUUCCAGAAGGUAAAAUGUUUAAAGAGCUGUCGGUAACCGAGUUGGAAGAGUUAGGGGAAAUUAAUGCGAGUGAAGAUAGAUUCAGGUAUCGAUUCAACGAAGAAGAUUAUGAAAAUGAUGUUCUAAGAAGUCAAUUAAGAUGGAUUGAUUGAAAAUUAUGUCAUAAUUUAGAUUUGAGUGUAUGACUACAGUAGAGUCCAAAAUUACAUAAAUAUUCCCAAAAAAAAAUAAAAAAGGUGCUCUGUACAUUUUUCUCAUAUUAAAUCCU